AUGGAAAAAAUCUUGAGAGGUAUUAUGCGAUAUCGGGUGUUAGAUCGAGCAAGCAUGGUGAAACAAUUUCAAGAAGUAAAAAACAACCCAACGCCCAAAGCAGUUUUUUAUACAUGCAUGGACAGUCGCAUGAUUCCAACGAGGUUUACUGAGACUAGUGUCGGGGACAUGUUUGUCGUGAGAAACGCUGGCAACGUCAUACCUCACUCUCAAUAUUUCGUGGAUGAAAUGACCAGCUGUGAGCCAGCCGCACUUGAACUUGGUUGCAUCGUUAACAACAUAAGGCACAUCAUCGUAUGCGGACACAGUGAUUGUAAAGCAAUGAAUCUAUUACAUUCGUUAAGAUGCAAAAAGGAAUCCAGUAUAGAACAGAGAAGAUUGUCACCACUAAAAUCAUGGCUGGCUACUCACGCAACCACUAGUUUAGAGAAAUUUCUCAGCAUGAAGGGUGAUUUUUCAAAGCCUAUGCUAUUUACAGCAGAAACACCACAGCGAAAAUUUGUUGCCUACAUAGACCCUGACAAUAAAUUCUGUAUAGAAGACAAAUUAUCACAGGUAAACACCCUUCAACAAUUACAAAAUAUUGCGUCAUAUGGAAUGCUCAAGAAGCGGUUGGAGAAGCAUGAUUUGCACAUCCACGCUUUGUGGUUCGAUAUUUAUACUGGUGAUAUUUAUUACUUCAGCAGACGAGCAAAAAGAUUUAUUCUUAUCGACGAGGCGUCCUACGAAAUUAUAUUAAGUGAAGUUAAGCGAUACUACUCAUAG